AUGGAGGAAUCAAAUAUAAAGAAUGAUUUACCAUCGAGCAACGAUCCAUCCCUGACCAAGUCAAGGCUCAACCUAGACAAUGCAACGGUAUCCGAAUUAUUUGCGAGGUUGCGGGUUGGAGAACCAAGGGAGAAUGACAGGGGACCAAGAGAUGCCGGAUCUUACAAGUUCUGGAAGACACAGCCAGUGCCACAAUUCAAUGAGGGUGGUAAAGGUAGGGGAGGACCUAUCAAAAUGGUCAAUUUAGACGAGGUGCCAAAAAAGCCCUACCCACUUUUAGAUGGCUUCGAGUGGGGGACAAUCAACCCAGAGGACGAGAAGGAGGUGGGUGAGUUAUAUGAAUUACUGUCAAACCAUUAUGUUGAAGAUGGUGAUUCGAACUUCCGACUAAACUAUUCGCCGGUUUUCCUAAGAUGGGCCUUGACUGCUCCAGGCUGGCAGAAGCAAUAUCACAUCGGAGUACGCGCUUCCGCAUCGCAAAAGCUAGUCGCUUUCAUCAGCGGUCUACCAACCAACAUCAAUAUUCAUACGCAGACGAUCAAGGUGGUCGAAAUCAACUUUUUAUGUAUUCACAAAAGACUUCGCUCGAAACGCCUGGCGCCACUUUUGAUCAGGGAGAUCACCCGGCGCUGCUACCUCCAAGGCAUUUACCAGGCCUUCUAUACCGCAGCAGCAGUCUUGCCCACACCGGUAGCAUCGUGCCGUUACUAUCAUCGCGCCCUUAACUGGCUCAAACUGUACGAGUCCGGCUUUUCGCACCUACCAGCGAGCACGACCAAGGCCCGACAGGUUGCAAAGUAUCAUCUGCCAGGCAUUACCCAAACGCCUGGCCUGCGCCUCAUGCAAGCUGGCGACCUGGAUGCCGUCCGUGGGCUACUAGAGCAGUAUCUCCAGCGAUUUGAUAUCAGCCCAGCAUUCAGUAUAGACGAGCUAAGGCAUUGGUUGUUCCUUGAAGCUGGUCAGGCGGAAGAAGUUGGUAAACGGGUGGUUUGGGCAUAUGUUGUGGAAGAUCUAGAAACAGAAAGGAUCACAGAUCUUGUGUCUUUCUACUCUAUCGAAUCUGCGGUGCUCUCACAUUCUCAGUCUGACGUGAUUCGAACGGCAUACCUAUAUUACUAUGCGACGGACAAGACUCAGAACCUUCAGCAGCGUUUACAGGGCCUGAUCAACGAUGCCCUUAUCUUGGCGAAAAGGGCAAGGCCUCGGUUUCUUUUAACUCUCAUCCAUCCUUCCCUUUAUUUUGCUCGAACUGACUAG